GCCAGGAUGGAGUCUGUUGUGAAUCUAUACCACGAGUUGAUGAAGCAUGCCGAUCCUCGAAUCCAGAGCUAUCCUCUGAUGGGGUCUCCAUUGCUAAUGACCUCCAUCCUCCUGACCUAUGCAUACUUCGUUCUCUCACUUGGACCUCGCAUCAUGGCCAAUCGGAAGCCCUUCCAACUCCGUGGCUUUAUGAUUAUCUACAACUUUUCACUGGUGGCAUUCUCCUCCUACAUUGUCUAUGAGUUCCUGAUGUCUGGCUGGCUGAGUACAUACACCUGGCGCUGUGAUCCUGUGGACUACUCCAGUCACCCUGAAGCACUUAGGAUGGUUCGAGUAGCCUGGCUCUUCCUCUUUUCCAAGUUCAUUGAACUGAUAGACACGGUGAUUUUUAUUCUUCGAAAAAAAGAUGGGCAGGUGACCUUCCUACAUGUCUUCCAUCACUCAGUACUUCCUUGGAGCUGGUGGUGGGGUGUGAAGAUUGCCCCUGGAGGAAUGGGCUCUUUCCAUGCCAUGAUAAACUCUUCUGUACAUGUCAUCAUGUACCUGUACUACGGACUAUCUGCCCUUGGACCUGUGGCUCAGCCUUACCUUUGGUGGAAAAAGCACAUGACAGCCAUCCAGUUGAUCCAGUUUGUCCUGGUCUCACUGCACAUCUCCCAGUACUACUUCAUGCCCAGCUGUAAUUACCAGUUCCCAGUGAUAAUCCACCUCAUCUGGAUGUAUAGCACCAUCUUCUUUAUGCUGUUCUCCAAUUUCUGGUAUCAAUCUUACACCAAGGGCAAGCGGCUGCCUCGUGCACUUCAGCAAAACAAAGCUCCAGGCACUGCCAAGGCCAAGGCCAAUUGAGAAACACGGCCUAAGCAGGCGCCCACCUAAGUGCCUCAGGACUGCACCUUAGGCAGCAUCCAUCAGUGUCCUCCCACCUCCACCUGUGACCAGGGCUUAUAUGGUCAAGACUGAGUAGGGGACAGGCCCUCCCCUCCCCACAGCUGGUUCACAGAGACUACCGCCUCAUCCGCUUCUCCAGGCCAGCCCCAGGGAUGUGGCCUCAUUGCUCUUCAAAGCUGCUCCAGAGCUGGUGGCUAAAAGGGCUGGACACUUAACCCCCAUCUGCCUUAAAGUUGGGGGAGGAGCACUCAGGGCUGGCCCUCACCAGGGCCUUGUGGCCUUUCUUACACUGAAGAGGUCAGCAAUAAUCUGUCACUAUGGACCCAGGCUCCCUCCUUCUCCGCCCCUAAACCAAAGCAGGAGCUUCUUGGCCAAAGGUCAGGGUGGGUGAGGGACCUGGAAAUACAGCCUGUGGAGGCUGUUCACUCACUGUCUUAAUUAAAAGUGACAGAGGAAACCAC